AUGUACAUCUACUCCUCAGAGAGGGGGGAUAAACAGAAUGACUGCUGGAUCUUUGCCCUGGCUGUACUUCUAAGCAGUACCUUUGUGUACAACAGCAUGGGAGCCAUCAGCCAUCAGGCCCUGGACCAUCUGCACUAUGAGACAGAGCUAGCAGACAGAAUCAGAACAAGAUCCUCAUUUGACCAGGAUGAGGUGGAUGUUUUGGAUGAGUUUAUGAGCUUCUUCCUGGACUUCAUGUGGACUCUGAAGGACUUCUCUCUUGAGGUGAAAAUACAUGGGAAACCCAUCUCCCCAGAUGAAUACCUAGAGAAUUCUCUGAGGCUUAUAAAGGGUAAAAAAUUAACCACUGAAAAACUUAAUCUGCCUCAGCUUUGUAUCAAUAAGUUCUUCCCAAAGAAGAAAUACUUAGUCUUUGAGUGGCCAGCACACAGGAAGAAGCUUGGCCAGUUAGAAUUGCUGCAAGAUCAAGACCUGGAUUCUACCUUUGUGAAACAAGAAGGCAGAUUUCUCUUUUUUGUGUUCAGCUGUUCCAAGAUUAAAAUGCUUUCAGGAGGCAUCAAGGUCAAUGAACUAUGUGGGUCUUUUCCCAGACUAAAGAGUUUGGUGACAACCUAUAUGAACACCAUCAGCAGUGGAGACCAUCUGGAGAAUGCUGUCUUGGCUUUGUCACAGACAGAGAAUGAAGCUGCAGUGCAAAAGGUCAUUACCCACUAUGACCAGCAGUUGAGCCAGAAGUUGCAAUUACCCACAGAGACCCUCCAGGAUCUGAUGGACCUGCACUGGGCCAGGGAGAAAGAAGCCAUCAAGAUCUUCAGGGAUAAUUCCUUCAAAGAUGUAAAGAAUCAAAUGUUCCCAAAGGAAUUAGGGGAAAGGAACCAGCUGUGGUUUAAGAAGGGAAACCAAGAGUUAGAUGAGGAGGUGCAGGCCAACAGCACUCAGGAGGCCAAGAAUGUGAAAGGGCAACUGGUAGCCAACCAGGAGGCUCUGAGGAUCCUGUCUGCCAUCAAGAAGCCAGUGGUGGUGGUGGCCAUUGUGGGCCUCUACCGCACAGGCAAAUCCUACCUGAUGAACAAGCUGGCUGGGAAGAAAACAGGCCCUGUGUGCCUCAUUGAGAAUGUGAAAGGGCAACUGGUAACCAAUCAGGAGGCUCUGAGGAUCCUGUCUGCCAUCAAGCAGCCAGUGGUGGUGGUGGCCAUCGUGGGCCUCUACCGCACAGGCAAAUCCCACUUGAUGAAUAGGCUGGCUGGGAAGAACACAGGUGAGUGCCCCCAACACAGCUGUGCUGUAUCCAUGUCCACUCAUAUUAUCUGCUUCCUGCAGGAGAGUAAGUUGAAGAGCAAGUACUUUGAGGAAGCCAGGAAGGGAAUUCAGGUUGAGGAAGCGCUGCAGAAGUUUCUGCAGUCCAAAGGGGAUGUAACUGAUGCCAUUCUACAGAGAGUUAAGGCUCUGACAGAAAAGGAAAAGCAGAUUGAAGGGGAGCGUGUGAAACCUGAAGCGGCACAGGCUGCAGCAAAAUUGCCGAAGGAAAUGCAGCUGCAGAAUGAACAACUGAUGCAAAGGAAAGAGAAGAGCUACCAGGAACGUGGGAAACGGCUGAGGGAGGUGGAGAAGGAAAAGGCCCGGAUGAGGGAAGAGCAACAGAGGAUCACUGAGCACAGGGUACAAAAACAGGCUCAACUACUACAGAAAGGAUUCCAGAAGGAGGCCAAAAGGCUUGAAGAAGAAAGGAUACGUCUCCAGCAAAAGAAACCAAAGCACAAAUGGCAUCGUAAGCUAUGGUUCUAAGAAUAGCGCCAUCCUGCCUCUCAAAACAGAGCUGAUCAGGUGUAGAAUAUGCAACAAGUGCCAC